AAAAAUCUCUCCAGAGAUUAUCUCGCAUAAACACGUUUCCGUAGACAUGGUACAGGCUCUUCUUAGGAAGCUUUUUCGAAUGAAACUACUUCUGAAGUCGCCGAAAAAGUGCCACUGCCUGUGCCACCCUUUGAAUCCAGCUCGAAAUUUCCGAAAGUGAGGUCCUCUCACAGAAUCACAAAUGGAACAAUACCGAGAUGUUGUGUCGACAGAGCUAACCUGUCCGGAUUCUCGACUGGCGAGUGAACUAUUUUAAGCUGUAAAUCACGUCGUCCGGUCAAAGCAGGGUCGAUAAAUGAAAGCCAAAGAAUCAGUUGCAAAUGCCAGAUAAUACGCAAUGAAAGAGAACCAGAGGUCCGCUACGAAUCGCAGACACGAGCGAGCUGCGCGUUAAGGAUGUGCUAUGUUAGUAUCGUGGUUUCGUGGCUUCAUCCCUUUGAGAUCACCAAAUACAUGCAUCAUUCCCACAAUCCACUUGUAAGUGAGGCGCCAUUAUCCACUCGCUCUUCAUCUUCACCCACCAUCACCGCCCCGAUCUCCUUUGCAUUUUUUGCAUUUUUCCCAAAAUGGAUCUUACCUACUUCAUGGACUUUGAUCCAUUCGAGGCCUUCUUAAUACAGCCUGGACUGGACGAUGUACUAGUGCCUGCUGCGCCUCGAACGCGGCCAGUCGAACUGGCUGGUGACGAUGACCCCGGCUGGUACAACCCGGCAUGUGAUGAACUUCACUAUAACUGCCCACACCAUUUACGCUGUGAAGAGGAAGCACAAGUUGCCUUCGUUAUGCCACCCGAGGCGCCGUUUUUCCAUUUUGAAAUAGAUAUUGUACCAGUGCCUCCUGCGCCUCGAAUGAGGUCAGCGGAAUUACCCGGUGAUGACGAGCCCGGAUGGUACAUUCCGCCGGACGCACCCAUGGAGGAAGGUAAUGCCCUCCGCCUUUUCAUAGAUGAGACGGAAGGAGAUGUCGGCUUUAUCGCACCACCUCCGGCGUUGGAGCAACAGUACGACUAUCCGAAAUUUGACAGAAUCCAGAAACUCCUGGAAUCGGUCAACGGCAUAAACGAGGCUUUGCAGAACCUGCAACAAAAUGCGCAGAAUGGAUAUAUAAACCUCGAUGAUACAGUCAUUGAUCUCUUCCAGGAGGCGAGGAAUCUGGCGGCGCUUGAACUCAUCAAUACUGUCGGCCACGCAUCAGCGCACCCGGAUAGUCGCAAAUUGCCCCAUUCAAGCCGUGUUCGCUAUUUUGAUGGAUGUAUGCCUCUCCAUUAA